CUUUUUUUUCUUUCUUUUCAUUAAACAAUGACAAACAAUACACAAGCGCCCAUUCCGGACAAUGCAAACGAACAUUGCCCUGGUCCCGAAAGUGAAAAGGCAGGUCAAUCAGACGCAUGUGCAGGUUGUCCCAAUCAAGCCAUCUGCGCAACAGCACCCAAAGGUCCUGAUCCAGAUAUUUCUGUUAUUGCUGAUCGUUUAUCGGGUGUUAAGCACAAGAUCCUUGUCUUGUCAGGCAAAGGUGGUGUUGGUAAAUCCAGCUUUACUUCCCAAUUAGCCUUUGCACUCUCUGGAGAUCAAGAUAUUGAAGUAGGUGUGAUGGACAUUGAUAUCUGUGGUCCUUCUAUUCCUACCAUUAUGGGUGUCGUAGAUGAACAGAUCCAUCAAAGCAACAGUGGAUGGCAACCUGUGUAUGUGCAAGAUAAUUUGGCUGUCAUGUCUAUUGGAUUUAUGCUGCCUGAUAAAGACGAUGCUGUGAUUUGGCGAGGACCUAAAAAGAAUGGGCUGAUUAAACAGUUCCUAAGAGAUGUCGAAUGGGGUUCUUUAGAUUAUUUGAUUGUAGAUACACCACCCGGUACUUCAGACGAACAUUUAUCGUUGGCUUCCUUUUUAAAAGAAAGUGGCAUAGAUGGCGCAGUGAUUAUUACAACACCUCAAGAAGUGGCACUACAAGAUGUCCGUAAAGAGAUUGAUUUCUGUAAAAAAGCAAAGAUUCCUAUUUUAGGAUUAGUCGAGAAUAUGUCUGGAUUUGUAUGUCCCAGUUGUCAUGGUGAAUCUGUCAUUUUCCCUCCCACAACAGGUGGUGCACAAGCAUUAGCAGAUGAAUUUGGUAUUCCGUUGCUAGGCAAGAUUCCUUUGGAUCCUCGAGUCGCCAAGAGUUGUGAUAUGGGUUUAUCCUUUUUAGAUGAAUAUCCUGAUUCACCCGCUUGUGCAGCUUAUGAAGACAUUAUAGAAUCAUUAAGAGACCGAGUAGAGAAAUAAAUCACUUUUUUUUUAU